UUUUCUCCUUCACCAUCAACUCUUCUCUCUUAAUCACUGUAUCAUCUCAACUCUACUCGUUUCCUUAUACAAAACUCUGUCUCUCUCUCUCUAGAGUUUCAUGGGGAAUCCCACACGAAGCAAAUGCUCCGUUCUCAUCGUCGGAGCCGGUAUUUCUGGUAUAACGGCGGCGAAGGUGCUGGCGGAGAAUGGGGUGGAGGACUUUGUGAUAGUGGAGGCGUCUGACAGAAUAGGGGGCAGGCUGAGGAAGGAGGAUUUCGGAGGAGUGGCGGUGGAGCUCGGCGCCGGUUGGAUCGCCGGCGUCGGCGGAGACCAGACCAACCCUCUCUGGGAAAUGGCGCGCCACGCUAACCUCCGCACCUACUUCUCUGAUUACUCCAACGCUCGCUUCAAUAUAUAUGACAACAACGGAAAUAUAUUCCCGGCCGGAGUAGCGGCGGAGGCCUACGACAAGGCGGUGGAGUCGGCGGUUGAGAAGCUGAGGGAUCAAGAAUCUGAUUCGAGUUCUGAUGAAACGCCACCAUCUCCAAAGAGGCCAAUAGAUCUUGCGAUUGAUUUCAUGCUGCAUGACUUUGAAAUGGCUGAGGUAGAGCCAAUACCAACUUACGUGGAUUUUGGGGACAGUGAAUUUCUGGUUGCUGAUGAAAGAGGCUACGAGCACUUGGUGUACGAAAUGGCACAGACCUUUCUUUUUACCUCGGCUGCGAAAAUCUUGGACAAUAGAUUGCAACUCAACAAGGUAGUUAGGGAGAUGCAACAAUCAAGGAAGGGCGUGAUUGUGAAAACGGAGGAUGGUAGUGUUUAUGAAGCAAAUUACGUGAUUUUGUCUGUUAGUAUCGGAGUUCUUCAGAGCAACUUAAUCAACUUCUCACCACCAUUGCCGAGGUGGAAAACAGAGGCCAUCUCAAAUAUUGACAUUAUGGUCUACACAAAGGUGUUCCUCAAAUUUCCACACAGAUUCUGGGCGUGCGAUGCAGACAAAGAGUUUUUCAUGUAUGCCCACGAAACACGAGGUUAUUACACGUUUUGGCAGAACAUGGAGAAGGCUUACCCGGGAUCGAACAUCCUGGUUGUGACACUGACGAAUGAAGAAUCCAAGAGAAUCGAAGCACAAUCGGAUGAAGAAACUAAGAGAGAAGCAAUGGAAGUGUUGAGAGCGAUGUUUGGGCCUCAAAUUCCGGAGGCGAGUGACAUACUCGUGCCGCGUUGGUGGAACAAUCGCUUCCAACGCGGUAGCUACAGCUUCUAUCCGGUUCAUCCCGAUCAUCACCUCCUCCACAAUGUCAAGGCACCGGUUGGAAGGAUAUUUUUCACAGGCGAACAUACAAGCGACAAGUUCAACGGCUACGUGCAUGGGGGCUACUAUUCAGGUAUGGAUACGAGUAAAGCUUUGGUGGAAGAGAUGAGGGCUGAGAUCGCUAGAGAAAACGAAAGUCAAUCUUUUCUGCUCCAACCAUUGUUAGCCCUCACAUUGGCACAACCUGGAGCUGUAUUUGAUAUCCCAACACACCUCCUUCGACAAUUUUCAGAGGCUAUCUUAUGAGUUUCAAAUAUUACAAAAGUGAAGGCGUGGUCAUCAUCGAGUUAAUUGCUUUUCAUGUAAUUUAUGUAUAAUACCUAUUGAUUUAAUUCUUUUGUUUCGUGCUUUUGAGAAUGAUAUAGCAAUGGUAGGUAAUGGUUGUA